UCCUUUUCCUAAUUUUCAUCGUCUCUUCAGCGCAUCCAAAGCGAUGAUGAUGAUGAUGCGUCCAAUGCCAAUCACUAGCCUCCAAACCCUAGUCCCUCCCAAACCCUCACUCGCCAUUAGAGCUCCAUCUCCAAGGUUACAGCUUCUCCAAGCGAGAUGCACCGCCGAACCCUCUCGCGCCGAGGAGCAGGUCUCAGCCAUGGUCGACGAGCUACUACAAAGGGACGAGAACCGCCCGCUGUUGAACGAUCUCGACAAGGCGUCUCAGCGGGUGGAUCUCGCUAGGGCUGCGCUUGCUGAUAUUGAGAGGCAGGAAGCCCAAUUCCUCCGUGCUAAGAACCAAAUCAAACAGCUUGAGACCAGGAAAUCCCAGAUUGCAGAAGCUCAGAAAGAAAUACUAGAAGCACGAGCUUUGGCGGAAGAAGCACAGCGCUCAUUGUUGUUUGACACAUAUGAUGGCAAUACAAAUGAAGAUACCAAAACCGCAGACCGGUGGGAAUCGAUAAAAGCUGCAUCAAUCUCAUCUCUAGUUGGGACAAUAACUGGUUUACCCAUUUCACUGUAUCACUCAACCGAUUUCCCUCAAUUUGCCCUUCACUUGACUACCAUUUUUGUUAGCUGUGCAUUGUUUGGGGUUACAUACCGUUACACGAUACGAAGGGAUUUGGACAAUAUACAACUUAAAACAGGGACAUCUGCAGCUUUUGGUUUUGUUAGAGGUCUUGCUGCACUUGAGGUUAGAGGAAAGCCUUUAGAAUCCAACAUUGGCAGCUUGGUAUCUCUCUCUAUUGAUGGAGCAGUGUAUGUUUCAGAGAGUGUUUUUGUAUUUCUCUUCUCUGCCAUUGCAUUAGAUUUCUGCUUUAAGUCUAGGCUUUUGAGUCCUUUUCCAAUGAAAAAAUAAAGCAUUGAUCACAGGGAUCAUGGUGAAUAUUCAUUGUGUAUUUUACGCCUAUAAUGUAAAUAUUCCAUCACAAUAUCAGAUCAUGGAGUUGUUUCACAUUGAAUAUUGAGUGUCAAAAACUGUCUAAAUUUCAA